AUGAAAGUGGUUGCAAAUCUCAUUCGAGAAAAUAAUUAUAAAGUUGAAACAACUUUAGAAGGGUAUGACAUUAUUUGUGAAACAAAUUAUUCAUCUAAUGGGACGGUAAAGUUUAUACUUAACUGGAAAGAUUCACAAGGUAUUGAUCGAUAUAUCUCAAAUAAUAAUUCUGCAUCGGGUGUUGGCAAAGACUUUUUAAUGCUAUUAAAUAAAAAAACUCGUAUUUCUGGAACUAUUCUAUUUGGUUUUGAUAUUCCUUGUUUAAUUGAAGCACUAAAAUCUAUUUUGAUACCUAUCAAUUGUAAAAAUUCUUUCACUGCUCUUACAUCACGUUCACAACAAAACAAGUUUGGGAUUGAUCUAUCAAAAGUUAAUUUAGAUUUUACUAGAAUUCGUCAGGACGUGGUUGUUUGUGCAUGUGAUGAAGCACUAAUACCAAGAGAUGGGUAUAGACAUUUGGCAGCUAUUAGUCCAAAUCUUGAAAGAGAAUAUCAAAUUAGUAAUAGGCGAAAUGAAAUUUCUAAAUAUAUGGAAACAAUCAUUCCAAUUUAUAAUUGUAAAAUAGAAUUAGAUAAUGUACAAAAUAAUUCUAAUAAUUCUUCUAAUAAUUUUUCUAAUAAUAAUUCUGUAAAUUCUAAUUUUUCUUUAACUAAUGAUCAAAGUGGAAUUUGUUCUUAUCGUUCUAUUAAAGAUUUAUUAAAUACUUUGAUACCAAUUUGGAAAAAAAAAUCAAUUUUAAAUAUUGGCGAUAAUAUUAAAUUAAAAUUUGGUGGUGACUGUCAUAUAGUUACAAAUAAAUAUUCUCACGUUAUGUUUACAAUGUGCUUACUUAAUGAAGGAGAUGAAGUAUUAAAACCUGAUAAACAAUAUUGUAUCCUAUUAUACAUAGGUAAAGAACAAUAUGAAAAACUUUCUAUUGCGGUCUCAAAAUUCAGUAAUGAAUUAGAUUCUUUAAAAAGUGCUGGAUUUAUUGACCAAGAUAACAUUACAUGGAGCAUUGAAUUUUACUUUAGUGGGGAUUGGAAAUUUAUGGCUCUCGUUAAAGGAUUAAAAGCAGCAAAUUCAAAAUAUUUUUGUUUAUUUUGUGAAUGCCCAAAAGAUUUACGUGGAAACUUAAAUUUACAAUGGAAUAUUUCAGAAAAUAAGAAAGGUAUUGAACAUCCAAGUCUUUUUCCAAUAAUCGAACUUGAUCAUUGGAUCCCUGACGAAUUACAUGUCAUGUUAAGAAUAACUGAUGUUUUAAUGGAUUGUCUAUUCUUAGAUUUAAUGAUCGAUUUAAAUGAAUUUAAAAAGGCUACCAAAAUUUUAAUUGAAAAGGAAAUGCAAAGAAUUGGUUUGACACAUUUCCAGUUUUUUGAAUCAAAAUUCAAAGGAAAGUCUUGGGAUUGGACAUCUUUGACUGGACCUGAUAAAUUGAUAAUGUUACAACAUUUUGAUGUAACAAAAUUUAUUGCUGUUGAUCGUGGAAGAAAAAUAUCAUUUUUAUGGAAAGAAUUCUUUAGUUUAUAUCAAUUUUUAUGCAAGGAUUCAUUUACUGAUGCUGAAAUUGACUCUUUUGAGAGAGGCAUGUUUAAUCCUACUGAUAUAACUCCAUAUAUGCAUAUUUUUGUAUUUCAUAUUCCAGAAUUUUUAAGGAAAUUACAACAUAAAGGAUUAAAUAUGAGACAGUUUUCUACUUCAAGUAUAGAAAAGAAAAAUCAUUUACAUGUGAAAUUAUUUUUUGGGGGGACAACUAUGGGAGGAAGAAAUAAUAACAACAAUCAUUCCGUUUUACAUGAUAUCAUGUCGUUUGAAAAUAGACAAUUAUACUACUUAAUUAAUGAUACACCCCGAUGUAUUAAACAAAGAAUCAUCCGUUCAAAUCCUUGA